AUUUCGGUGGCAAAAGAACAAAAACGUAAAAUGUCACAAAGAGAUCGAGAAAAGAAGAAGAAGCAAGAGUCUCUCUUUCCGAAGGUCACGGUCACGAAUCUCGCAGGCAAUCUCUCCCGAUCGAUCGUCCCUUGAAGAGCUUUUAAGUUUUCUGGGAAUUUGUUUAUUCGGCGAGAAUAAAUAUAUAAUUCAUUUGCCAUGAAUGAGAAUUUAGAGGAAAAAAAGAAAGGCAAGUAUAUUCUGAUCCGGGAUGGUGAUGAGGAGGACAAUGAGUUAGGAGGACUCUUCUAUAAGCCUCUUCCUUGCUUUGGUUUUGGAAUGGGAUGGCUCUCGUUUCUUGUUGGAUUCGUCUUCCCGUUUGCGUGGUACUUUGCCACAUUCCUAUAUCUCACAAACUAUUACCGCAGAGAUCCUCGGGAACGAUCUGGUCUUGCUGCCUCUGCUAUUGCUGCUCUGAUAUUCAGUGUUGCACUUGUGAUCACUGUUCUUGUACUUGUUUUCUCGUGUCGCUAAUUCUUUCUGGGGUUUCCAGAAGAAACAGCUUCAAGUCUGUUUCCAGAAGUGAAAGUAUUAUAUUUUGAUGAAGAAGAGAAGGUAUACCGCUAGUCCUUUUAGACUCAAAGUUUGGUUUGUUCUUGUACAUAGAUUGUCAGCUUAUUAAAAGUUCAAAAAUGUGAUACCUAACUGUUGGAAGAGAUCUAUAUAGCUUCAGGCUUGUAUGUUAUUUUAUUCACAUUAGAGUCUUAAGCCAGACAAGAACGUACCUAGAUGGUUGUCUGGUUAUUUAUUA